AUAAAUAUUGUGUGUUGUUAAUGUCAUUGUGACAACAGUUUGACAACAGUGAAAUAGGCAUUCAAAUCAGUUUGGAAUUUUUUUUUUUGUCUUCCAAUUUUUUUUUGUUUUCACUACUUGGAUUAAUUAAAACUAUUGAUUGAUUGAUUAUGAAAUUAAUUGAUUGGAAUAUUUAGAUCAAAAAGCAUUGAUUGAUCAGAUAGAGCGAGAGAGAAAAUAGGGAGAUUUUUUAUAUAAAAAAAAAAAUUCAGUAAAAACGAACAGAAAAACAGUAAAAAUCAUCAAAAAUGUUGGAUUUUUUAGCCAUCUGUGUAUUAUUGUUAAUUUUAUUUACAAUAUUAUUAUUCUAUUUAACACGUGAACAAUCAUAUGAACAAGCAUUAGAAGAACAAAGAAAUAAACAUGAUGAUUUAUUGUUAACAAGUACAACAAUCGCAACCAAUUCAGGUGAUAAUAAUAAUGAUAAAAUUGGUGGCCGAAAAGAUCGUACAAAAAAAUUGAAUUUAAAUAAAAAAUCAACAGCAGCAGCAGCAACAAAUAAACAACAGCCACCUACUACUAAUAAACAACAACAAACAAAUGUUUUGAAUAAACAAAAAUCAACAAAUGAAAAAAAAUUUUCGACCAUAACAUCGAUACCGGAAGAAUCAUCGAAAGAAACAAAAAUUUUCAAACAUGAUGAAACAAAAAAAUCGAAAGAAGUAAAUGAAUCGCCGAUAAUUACUUCUUCUUCAGCUGUUGUUACAGCUUCGGCUGCUAUUUCGGUUGCGAUACCUAAAAAUGAUGUUGAUGAUAAAGGUGAUAAAGUUGUUGUUGAUGGUGGUGAUGAUACCAUCAACGAACAACGAUCAAUUAAAACAACUAAUCAUCAUCAACAACAACAACAACAAUCAUCAUCGAUUAAAAAUCAAUCAUCUGUCAAAAUGAAUCAAGAUCAUAUUGAUAGCAUUAUUAAUAAAUCGAAUAAUAAUAAUGUUAUCGUUGGGAAAAAGAGUAAAAAAUCUAAUCAUUCAAAAGUUUCCCCAGAUUUUAAAAUGGAUGAUUUAAUUGAUAUAAUCCAAUCAUUUAACGAAGAUGAAAAAAUCAAAUUUACAGAAAUUUUUUUCAGUGACAAUAAUCAUCCACAAACUAAUAUCUGGCAAACGAAAAAUGAUAAAAAUGAAAGUUUGCAAAAAAAAUUGGCCGAAAAAGAUGAAAUAAUUAAUACGCAUAAAAUCAAUCAAGAAAAUAGUAAACGAAGAUUUGAUGCGUUGAAUAUGGAAUUGAAAUCAAGUAAAAUGAAAUUACAAAAUGAAUAUCGUAUGCGGCAAGAUAUUGAAAUGCAGAAAAAUAAUUUGGCUCAACGUUUAGUGGAUAUGGAAAAAAAUUAUAAACAACAAUUGGAAAAAUUGAUUGAAACUAAUCGUAAUGUACGACAAGAGGAAUUUGCUCGACAUAAUCAAAUCAUUAACGAUUUGAAAAAAUCAAACAAUAAUGUUAAAGAAAAAUUAUUGAAAGACAUUGCCUCGAUACUUCAAAUCAAAUGUGAUGAUAUCAAUACUUUGAGCAGUGAUCUGGUUUCGAAAACAAUGGAUGAAUUGAAAACAUCCAAUGGAGAUGAUCUGAAGAAAUUAAAAGAUGAAAAUGAACAGCUCGAAAAAAAAUUGAAAGAAUCAAUUGAAAAAUCGCAAUCAGACAUCGACAUCGGUAAGAAAAAAGAACAACUUCUUAACGAUAUAUUCUCGAAAUUUGAUGAAAUUCCAAACAAUGGUGAUACGGUUUCGAAUGAAAAAUUAUUGAAAUCGAUUGAAGAUUUAAAAACGUCACAAAAAAAAUAUUCGGAAUUGGAAGAGAAAGUGAAAAAAUCUGUUGAUGAAAUACAACAAUUACAAAAAGAAUUGCUCGCAUCAAAAGAUUUGGUUAAAGAAUUGCAAUCAAAAAUCGAUAGUGGUAAGAAAAAAGAACAAUUUAUCGAUAAUAUAUUCUCGAAAUUUCCUGAAAUCAAAAAUGAUGGCGAUGAUAAUUCGUGUGAUACAUUGUUAGAAAAUAUUGAAACAUUAAAAGCAACAGGUAAAGAAUUGGAAGAAAAAUUAUCCAAAUCAAAUAAAGAGAAAGAAAAAUUGCAAAAAGAAAUUGAUGAUUUGAAACAAAAAAUGCAAAAAGAAAAUGAUGAUUUACAACAAAAAUUGAAUAAUAUCGAACAAGAACGUGAUCGAUUUAUGAAUACAUUGGCUGAUACGGAUAAAAAACUCAAAAAAGUUGAAGAAGAUUUAACAGAUGAAAAGAAAACUAAAAAAGAAGAGCUUGAUAGAUCCAAACAACAAUUAACAUCGGUUCAACAAAGUUUAAAAGAAAAAAUGGAUGAAAAUGAUAAAUUGGAAAAGGAUGCAAAAACUAAACUUGAUGAAAUUAAUAAACAACUAAAAGAUGAACAAGAAAAAUAUAAACGAUUAUUAUUGGAAAAUGAACAGAAAACAACAAUAUUGGAACAAUUGGAAAAAGAAUCAAAAGAUUUGAAGAGAAAAAAUGAAAAAUUAAAUGAAUUAGUACAGAUUGGUGUACGAACAUAUCAAGAUGAAAAUCAAAAAGUACAAGAUCUUGAACAACGAUUAGCUACAUAUAAAUCAACAAUGAAUAAUAAUAGUAAUGGUGAUGAUCAACAUAAUGUAACAGCUACCAAUGGCAAUUGAAUAAUUCAUGUUGUUGUUGUUGUUGUACCAAAAUCGUACCAAAACAAAACAAAACAAAUCUAAAUG